AUGACCACCACACUAUGGGACCCAGACCGAAUCCUCCAAAUCACCAAGGGCCCUCACGAGCGAGGCAUGUUCUGUCUUGGUCGCGCGCGCUCCAGAUACGACAGUCGAUGUCGCUGGGACAUCCCCUACACAAAAUACCAGAUUGUCCGGGAAACAUUGGACGAGAUAGCUGCGAAACUACCACAUGAGAUAUACGACGACGAGCUUAAAGUAUUAGCUAAGUGGGGAUUAUGCGAUUAUCAUAGUGGCCAGGUGCAUGAGGUUGUGUCAGGAUGGCAUUAUGCCCUUGCUAGUCUUGCAAAUUUAUACUCGGCGUAUAAAGAGCGGGCAGAGACGAGCCAUACAGUACAUCAGAUACUUCAAGCCGAGGUCAAGAGAUGUCGCGAUUUGCUCCCACCAGACGAAGAUAACCCGCAGAAGAACCUCUCGGUCUUAUUAAAGAGGCAUAUGCGCAAGUACUCGGAGCUGGUAGAGGCGGGAAAGGCAAAUUCAGCGUUGGCGAAUAAACUGCAAGAGGAGAGGAGGGGAGAGGAGGACAAGAUGCGGGAGAUGAGUGAUUUACAGGCUAAGCUUGAGACCAGUGAGAAAAAGUGUCAAGCUUUGCGCGAAGAGAAUGCCGGUCUGGUGGUAGAGGUUAGAGCAAAGGGAGAAGAAUGUGAACGUCUCCAAGAACAGCUGGGGGAAGCCACGGCCGAAUUCUCCGAUAUGCAACGCGCCAAUGAGAAACUUAGAGAUGUCAAUGAAGAGAUGCGCAAAGAGGUUGAUGACAAGCAGGGACAGCUGAACGAGAUCACAGCCGAAUUGUCUGUUGUGCGAUGCAACAAUAGCAAUCUCAGAGAUGCCAAUGAAGAGAUGCGCAGAAAGAUUGAGAGAAAGCAGGAACGGUUGAACGAAAUCAGAGGCGAUUUGUUCGAUAUGGGAUUCGCCAAAGACAGCCUCGAAGAUGCCAACGAAAAGAUGCGCAGAGAGGUCGACAGCAAGCAGGAACAGAUAGAAACCAUUACUGCUCAACUUGCUAGCGUCUCGGCGGACUUGGACAGCACUAAGAACGAAUUAUCAGUCGCUUGUGAAACAAAAACACAAGUCCAGAACGAUCUUCGAGAAGCAGUCGAGGAAAUCAGCAAUCUUCAAGCUCAGCUCACCGAGAUCCAUGAACAACAGUCCACUACCAUCUGGUGCAAGAUUAAGCGUUGGAUUCGUGAGAAAGCUUCAUGUUUAUCUCGGUAUAGACGCAGAUAUGGAAUGCGGGAUAAAGAGGAAGAGGUUGCACUUGCUCCUGUAAAGCCGAUUAACGUUGGAUGA